CACACACCAGCUCGGUGCUGAUGAGUGGGAUGGAACUGAGCGCUUUUGUUCUGCUGCAUGCUUCAGAAAUUCUUCAUUCCUCAUAAGAACUUCACAGAGCUUCUACUCCAUAAAGGUUCCUAUCCGUGGUCCUGGAGAUGUUCCUGUCCUGAUUGCACCGAACAGCUGAUCAUCACUUAGUGAGAUGUGUGAGGAGUGUUAAACCAUUUCACUGUGUAGGACAGAGGGAUCUCCAUGGUUAGGAACCUGUGCUGUGAGGUAAUGCAAAAAGGUGCUGUGUAGAACUGUUCUCUCAACUCACCUCAAAGACUCUUGUUGUGUUGGAGUCACCGCAGCAGCGUUGUGUUCUUCUGCAGAUAUAGCGCAUGGAUCCACAUGGACAUGAUGAAUGAAGAGAACGUGACCCGAGACAACACCAGUUCCUCCCUUAACUGCAGCAUGCUGCUGGACAUCCCGGAUGAGGGAGCUUUAUUAGAAGGUCUGGAGGACAGCACGCAGCUCGUGGGGGUUCAGGUGGUUCUCAUCUUAGCCUACAGCACCAUCAUCCUGUUCGGUGUGAGUGGAAACUCUUUAGUUAUUUAUGUUGUGUACAAGUUCCGCAACUUGCGCACGGUCACCAACUUCUUUAUCGCUAACCUGGCUGUAGCAGACCUGCUGGUGAACGCGCUGUGCCUGCCCUUCACCCUGAUGGCCACGCUCUCCGGGGAGUGGAAGUUUGGACAGGUGAUGUGUUACCUGUUACCUUACGCCCAGGGCCUCGCCGUUCACGUGUCCACCAUUACGCUCAAUGUGAUUGCGCUGGACCGCUACCGCAGCAUCAUCCACCACACCGAGACUAAAAUGUCUAAAGACGUGUGUGCGGUGGUCAUCGUCGUCACCUGGAUGGCCAGCGCCGUGCUAGCUAGCCCCCUGGCUAUUUUCCGCGAGUAUGUGACCUUUGACCUGACACCUGAGCACAGCAUUCAGGGUUGUGUGGAGAAGUGGCCAGGCAGCAGUGCAGAUGGAACCGUGUACAGCGUAGCGACGUUCCUGCUGCAGUAUGGCCUGCCCCUGUCCAUCAUCUCCUACGCCUAUGCCUGCAUCUGGAGCAAGCUCAGGAAGCAUGUGAGCCCUGGAGGAGGACACAGUGAGCGACACCGCCGCCGGCGCAAAACCACCAAGAUGCUAGCGGCCGUGGUAGCUGUGUUUGGGGUCAGCUGGCUACCUUUCCACGCCUUCCAGCUGGCUGUGGACAUUGACAGCAGCGUGUUAGACAUGAAGGAUUUUAAGCUGCUCUACACAGUGUUUCACAUCAUCGCCAUGUGCUCCGCCUUCGCAAACCCCAUCCUCUACGGCUGGAUGAACCGGAACUACCGGGACGCCUUCACCGCCGCGUUCAAAUGCGCUCCAGCCGAAGGCGUGCUGAGGAGAAAAUACAGCAAGGACACGGUGAGGGACAAAAGUCUGAGACACAAAUCUAACAUCAGCACACUGACUCAGGAUAACACACACCUGUGAUAAGAUGGGACAUACAUUCCUAAAAAUAUUUACUGACCAGAGAACUCACUUUGUU